UGCAAUUUGAAUGCAUGAUGGCUCGGCCGGACUAUGUCUUAAAACCACAGAGAAAUGAGUUUUUUUUUGUUACAAAUUGGUCACACUUACAUGUUCAGCUUGCUUGUUAGUUCAUUGCUCCUAUCUGCUCAAUCCUCAAUAGGAACAGAAAGGUAUCUCUGACCAAGUCGGGCCCCGCUAGAGACGGUCCCGCCUUCAACACCCCUACCAUCUACCAUGAGUGCUCCUGAUUCGCCUCAACGGGUACUUCGACCGCCUCGGAACCAGUUUUACCAUUAUCUCGAGUUUCUGGUUUAUGUCACCAUCCUCAUGGUCAUCGUUCGAUCCAUCAUGUUUUACUACCAAGAUGAUAUCAUUCGCAAGCAACAAAAAACUCAGUCUGCGGCUCAUUGGCGCGGCAAGCGGAGUUUACCGGCGGCCGUGUGGGACCCUUCACGGCCAGAGGAUCGGAUAGCCAUCCCGUUGGAUCAUCUGUUCGUGGAGAAGCCCCAAUCACGCUAUGAACGCCUCCGAAACUUGCUGGUCAAGGACCCCGACACCAAGGUGUUCAUGGCCAAUCCCGAGUACUUCAAAGCCAUCGAUUUUUGGCUCCGCAUGUUCAAUGUCACGGACGAGAAAGCCAUAGGGACCAUUCUGGCCUUGGAAUCCGUGCCGGAGAGGUUGUCCAAAAAAGUUGUCCAAACGUAUCACGAUGCUCAGAGCGAGGAGGAGAAAACUCAGAUUCUCUUGGGAGUGUUUGCCGCUAAGGGUGACAUGGAUGACGAUUAUGAAGAAGGGUUGGGCGGAGACGAACCCGUAGCGGGCCAGGCUGAGUUGCGAAAGUUCCUCAAGGUCGGAUUCUCAUUGGCCCAUUUACUCAAGGAAAUGGAGGAUGUGGCUGCUUUGGAGCGUAAAAAUCAGAGUCAGGUCAAGUCGCGGAUCCAAACGCAAAAGGAUCGAGUCAAACUGAAACGACGAUUGGACGUCAAAAAGCGGAAACUUCUACCCAAGACCGACGAGCAAAUACGGCGAAUGGAUGACCAAAUCAACGACAUUGAGCGACUCAUUGCGCAGAAGCAAAACCAAAAACUUGACGAGGAAGUGAAGAAAAUUAUCCUAAGCGUUGAGCGCGAGGAAAAGGCACCCCAAGAGUCGCCUCAAUACGUGGAUGAGGAAAUCACCGUGGACGCUGAUGACGAGACUCGGAAAGUUUUGAAGCCUCUCGAGAACGAGGAUGUCAGCGCUUUGGAGCAACCCUUGGCCCGUCAUGACGAGGCUAUGAAAGAGCUGCAGAAGUUAGACGCCCAACUCCGGCAUGAUUUGACAACCACCAAGACACCUGCACCUCGAACCAUUCUCCAUGGGGUCACCCGACAUCCCCCAACGACGGUUUCGUCUAGUCCUGACCGGCACGAUGUCGUUCCUCAACGUCAUCAACUCAAGCAACAAGCCCCAGUGUCCAUUAGCGAUGAUCAACCGGCAUCCUCGUCCAGUUUGGUGGCAUUGGGACUGCCUUUACUCAUAUUUGCCAUACUCAUCGUGAUCUAUGUCAGUCGCCAUAAAGUCAAAGUCCUUCGACCUUUUCGAUCUUACGCGGUUCGAUUCUCAAGGAUGAGGGAAUGAGACCCUAGCUUUAUUGGCGGGAUAAUGAGAACCUCGUGACCUUGCCUAAAAUAUAUGCUCUACUUUUAGUUAACAGAAAUAGCGUUGCAAUAUCAAGACGCAAAGUGGUCGUUUUUUUUAAUA